CGUGUACUGUUCCCACCUUUUUCCCCCUUCCAUCUUUCCUAGGCACAGCUUCUAGAAAGCUAUCACACAAACACACACACAUACACACAAAGACACACACACACUCCAGGAGUAAACUGGCCUUGGCUGGCCAGAGACGAAAGAAAAACAGCACGCGAAACAGGUUCGCCACAAUUUCCUUCACGCGCCCUCUACAAUCAUACAACGCCAUCCCCAACCCACCCCUUCUUGUCCACCAGUGGGGGGGGGGUUGGUUGAUUGGCGAGGAGGCAUGUGAAAGGGUGGCGAGGUGCAACUCAAGCAGCAACGCUCAGCGCAACGCAACGAUCAACACACCGCUUACGAUCAACCGCGGCGGCGAUGCGAAAAUCCAAUCUCCAAAACCCUUCCAAACCAAUGGAGCGCGAAAGGCGGCGGACGGAAGGGAGAGCGUUCGCGCUGCUCGCCGGCGCCGUGCUGGUGCUGCUGACCUGCGUCCAGCUAGCGGCGAGCUGCAACGAGAUGGUGUGCGCCUCGAUCGUCUCCAAGUGCAUGCUGACGCAGAGCUGCAAGUGCGACAUGAAGAGCUGCACCUGCUGCAAGGAGUGCGCCGAGUGUCUGAGCUACCUGUACACCGAGUGCUGCAGCUGUCUCGAGAUGUGCCCGAAGCCGAACGAAACGUCCAACGAGCUGUCGAAGCAGUCGCACAUCGAGGACCUGGAGGGUUUCCCCAACCUGUACGACGUGAUCACGUCCGAGCAGGAUGCGCAGGGCCGCUGGAAGGUGAUCUCGUUCCCGAUCGACAUCGAUGCGGCACUGUACGGGCCGAAGGGUGACGGUGCGACGAAAUACGUUGUCCACUCGACCGACAUGGAUCUGAAGCAGAAGUACGAGGAUCCGAACAAAAUCACGGUCAACUGUACCGUCGCCUACCAGGCCCAGUGCAUGUCCUGGAACAAGUGCAAGGAGAGCUGCCGGACGAUGGGUGCCAGCAGCUAUCGCUGGUUCCACGAUGGUUGCUGCGAGUGCAUCGGCCAGUACUGUCUCAACUACGGCAUCAACGAGUCGCGCUGUCGCGACUGUCCCGAGAACAAGGAGCACGACCUGGACGACUUCGCGCCGGAGGACGAGCUGGACUACGGGGACGGGCUGGGGCCGCUCGACAAUGCGGCGAUCGAGUCGACCAACAUAUGAAUCGGGCUCGGACUGCCGGUACUUUGCCUGGUCCGCCGCUACCUGACCGAACGCAUCAUCACCCCGCUCCGCCGGUGAGGGCGGAUGCGGGACAAGUAACAUAAAUAACAACGCCAACGCAUUUCGAUAAUCGUUUAGCAGGGUUUUAUUUUCCGGUACGAUUAUUAUUAUUUUAAUAUUUGCUAUUCUUUAAUCCAUGCGACAUAGUGUAAGAGUUCGAUGGACGUGGAAAGUCCGCCGGGGACGCGGAAGAAGAGACGCAGACGCAGAGCAAGGCAAGCUGUACAGAGGCGAACACUUAGGUCCAUUAGUGUAGUGUUAAGGCAAGCGUUAAGGCACUACUAACUUACGGCAGCUGUGUUAGAUGUGUUAUAGCAAGGGCAUGGGAUGAAAGCAGCAGCUACUGCAUCCGCUCUGGAAUAGCGCUCAAUAGGUAACGGAAACAAUCAAAAUAAAACAACACGGUUGUAUUUAAAAUUGUAUAGACAAAAUCUACCCUUCAGCUCAAGGCAGCACGAUGCCCCUGGAUAGGGCUCAAUUAGGGAAGGAAACAAGGGAACCUCACUUUUGCCAACCGAAUAGCUUUAAGCAAGCAGCCGACCCACUAAGCCAUCUCUUUUUUUUUUCCUCCCGUGUGCUUUAUCGUCUGCUUUGCGAUUGAUAUGUGUUGUGAGAGGUGUGUUAGCAAUUAAGCGUAGGUCCUCUGACCCUCUCAAGGCACGGUGAAAGGUAGUGAGAUAGUGAACAGCAAGUAUUGAGCAAUGCAGGAUAUUACUAGCCUUUUAACUAGCAUGAGCACAAACGCAAGCUAGUAACAAAAAAAAAAUUGGUGUACAAAAGAGUACUGUAUCUGUAUGUUAAUGUGUGCUUUUGAGAUUUAGUGUCGAACGUUUAAUACUCCCGCCUGUCCAUGUCCAUGUUCGUAAGCCGAAAUACAAGUGUAAUCCCUCUGCUGUUGUGAGAUACAGUAACAAAACCUUUAAUUCGAGCGCAACCUGUGUUUAAUUGAUUUUUUUUUUAUUUAUGAUCCCGGGAGAUAUAGAUGCAAGCUUUUUCCUAACGCCGCAACCCUUGUUUAAACCGCUGGAGGUCGCUAAACAUAUGCAAGUCAAGAUGCACCAAGGGGCCCUGCUGGGAAAGGUUUUAGAAUAAUCAUUUGCAUUAUUACCUUCCAGUGUAACAAAAAGCUACCUGUAUAUCUGUUAAUAAAGCCUCAUCAAACUAGUGCCUUUGCCUAUCUCCUAGUA